GUCGGUGCAGCUUGUCUGCCUGAGGCCCGGCCCCGGCCCCGGCCAGCCGUCAUGGAAGGGGAUGGUCCCUCUGCCGCCGCCUCGUGGUACCAGCCGGCCGGCCCCCCGCGGGACGCGUGUGUCUACAGCAGCUGCUAUUGUGAAGAAAAUAUCUGGAAGCUCUGUGAAUACAUCAAAAACCACAACCAGUAUCCUUUAGAAGAGUGUUACGCUGUCUUCAUAUCUAAUGAGAGGAAGAUGAUACCUAUCUGGAAACAACAGGCGAGACCUGGAGAUGGGCCUGUGAUCUGGGAUUACCAUGUUGUUCUGCUUCAUGUCUCAAGUGGAGGACAGAGCUUCAUUUACGAUCUCGAUACUGUCUUGCCAUUUCCCUGCCCCUUUGACAUUUAUGUGGAGGGUGCCUUUAAGUCAGACGAUGACGUUCAUCCACAGUUUACAAGGAAAUUGAGAGUGAUCCGUGCAGAUUCAUAUUUGAAACACUUUGCUUCUGACCGUUCUCACAUGAAAGAUUCCAGUGGGAACUGGAGAGAGCCACCCCCUCCAUAUCCCUGCAUUGAAACUGGAGCAUGGCUCCUGUGUCAGUCAGGGUCUUGAAAGUGAAUCUAAGACACGCUCCACUGGAUUUUGAAGAGGAUUUAAUGAAGGAGCUAUUCACCUAGGUGAGCCUGGGUUGGAGGAAACCAGUGGGGAUGUUAAAGCUCCUGAGAACUGGCAACAGAGGGAAGCUGUUACCACCCCAAAGGCUGAAGGAACAUAGGGAGAAAAUGGUGUCAUGGAGCUCAGAGAGAGUUGGAGCUGUGGAGUUGGGUAGGGAGGGAUGCCCGAAACGAGCUGUUGGAAGAGAAGAAAGAAGAUAUUGCCAGACCACAGAGGUGGAGAGAGCAAGGGAAGAAACAUCCAGACUUCCCUUCUCCUGCCCUCCAAUUCCCAGCUGUUUUCACCCACUGGCCAAACCCAACCAGAAGUCAAGGGCAAGGGAGCCUGGGUAGUGCAGUUCUUAGGGGUUUUUAUGGAUUGAAUUGUGUCCCCCAAUAAUGUGCGUCAACUUGGGGAGGCCAUGAUUCCCAGUAUUGUGUGGUUGUUCUCCAUUUUGUUAUCUGUUAUAAUUAUCCUGUGUUGUAAAUCUGACCUCUAUGAUGUUAAUGAGGCAGGAUUACAGGCAGAUAUGUUAAUAAGGCAGGACACAAUCUACAGAAUUACGUUGUGUCUUGAGUCAGUCUCUUUUGAGAGAUAAGAGAGAAGGGAACAGAGAGGAGAGGGACCUCCUACCACCAAGCAAGAAGAGCGGACUGGAGUGUGCCCUUUGGACCUGGGGCCCCUGUGCUAAGAAGCUCCUAGACCAGGGGAAGAUUGAUGACAAGGGCCUUGCCCCAGAGUUGACAGAGAGAGAAAGCUUUCCCCUGGAGCUUGUGCCCUAAAUUUGGACUUCUAGUCACCUAAACUGUGAGACAGAAAAUUUCUGUUUGUUGAAGUCAUCCACUUGUGGUAUUUCUCUUACAGUAGCAAUAGGUAGCUAAGACAGGGGUCAACCCAUGGGCCACCGAGGAGGGUGGGGGAUGGAGGAGGGUGUGUGUGCAAAUGGAGAAUUAAACUAGCACAGCCUCUUAAAAGUGUGCCUAUGUUGACUGUAUCCGUUUAUUUCAUAAUGCAGGCUUUCCAAGGCCAGGGACACUGCCUUUUAAACUUAGCCUUAUUAAGAAAUCCAUCAUGCCUACAGAAAGUUUUUUAGAUGGUGACAUAGAAGGAUCAAUUUAAAUCCAUGUUUACUGCUUUGUGGUGCUAUUAUUUGAUGGCGGUCUCAUCUCACCCCCACCUCCAAGUAGAUAGUAGAGGUUGUUUUCCCAGAUUUUAGAGUUCCUGGUAGCUGGGCAGUGACUCAGGGUAGUUGUAGGUGAGGAAAAAGGCAAGGAGCCUGCCAACUAGCACAAAAAGUUUCCAAAGCUAAGUAAUGUGUUAUCAAUCCUGACCUCUCCUUCCUCCCCUUUACAAAAGCAGAGUUGGUGAGAUAGCUAUUUUUUAAACAUAAUAUUUAAUUGUGUUUUUGGCAAAAGUUUAUACAACAAAUUAGGUUCCCAUUUAACGAUUUCUGUACAUAUUGUUCCUGGAGCCCUGGUGAUGCAGUGGUUAAAGAACUUGACUGCUAACUGAAAGGUCAGCAGUUCAAAUCCACCAGCUGCUCCUUGGAAACCCUAUUGGGCAGUUGUACUCUGUCCUGUAGGGUUGCUGUGAGUCAGAAUCGAUCGGAUGGCAAUGGGUUUGGUUUUUUUGUUUUGUGUUUAUACAUAUUGUUUAGUGACAUUGAUUGCAUUUUUCACAAUGUCUCAAUAUUUUCAUUAUUUCCAUUCUGGUUAUUCUGUUUCCAUUAGUCCAGCUUGCCUGUGCCCCUUACCUUCUCAUCUUUGCUUUAGGGUAACUGUUGAUCAUUUGGUCUCUCAGAAAUGAUUUUUUUUUUUAAAGGAGUACAAUACUCAGCGAUAUUGUUUAUUUAUGAGCCAAUCUGUUAUUUAGCUGAAAGGUGACCUCCAGGAUUAGUCUUAGUUCAAAGUUUAAAGGAUAUCUCAGGGCAAUAGUCUUAGGGGUUUCUCUAGUCUUCACCAGUCCAGUAAGUCUGAUCUUUUUUAAAGAAUUAAAAUUUUGUUCUACAUUCUUCUCUCAUUCUAUCCUUCUAUUGUGUCCUUGGUCAGAAUUGUUGGUAGUGGUAGCUGGGCACCAUGUAGUUCUUCUGGUCUCAGGAUAGAUGAAGCUGUGGUAUCUCCAUCUCCUUGAGAGUUAGUUUGCUUUUUUUUGUAAAAUGGGGAAAAUAAAAUUGUGUCUAGUAAUUUUUCCUUUGUAAUUUGUAAGUAUCUUGGAGAGAGAACUUUGAGACUAUACAAAUGUCUUAUUUCUCAUACUUUGGCCCACUAAAUUUAGCAUCUAUAAAUGGUUCUUAUUACUGUGGUGUUUGCCUAUUGGUGAUUUUCUAGUCCUUUAAUUCCUUCUACAUUCAUUAAUUGGAAUUCUUCAGUAAGGAAGAGUUGUCCCUUCUCUCCCAUUUAUUUAUUUAUAUUAGUAUGGACUCAUGAAUAUUGAGUCCAUACAACAUGCCCCCUUGGUUUUGAAUGCCUUCUUAGUGCUGCUGUAACACAAAUACCACAGGUAAGUGGCUUUAAAGAACAGAAAUUUAUUUUCUCAUAGUUAUAGAAGCUAAAAGUUCAAACAAGGGUCUCAGCCAUGUUGCUGCCUUCCUAGUUGGUAGCCCUCAGCAUCCCUUGGCUUUCAGACAGUCCUCACAUGGCAUCUGUCUUUCCUGUGUGUGUUCAUAUCUAUUCUGAUCUUGUUAUAACUCAGAAGUGAUUAGGUUUAGAAUCCACUCUACACUGAUAUGACCUCAACUGAUUGAUUGAUUACAUUAGAUUGCAUUAUGGAACGUGAUUACGUUACAUUUACUACAUUACAUUAUGGAGGUCAUCUGCUGUACCUAAGGUCAACUGAUUUAAUUGAAUAUUAACUACUCCAUGACAAACAACU